AUGUCACAAUCAACGAAGCCUUGCUUAGUGCAUUAUGGCGACUGGGACGAGGUUACCGAUAGCCAUCCUGCCAUGAAAUACAUGCGAACAUAUACCGAGAUGUACGAUAAACGCGACCUCGAUAACCUCUACGAAAACUACAUCGCCUCCGACUUCACCUACUCAAAGUCAACCGGACAGAUCUUCCCUUCCGGCAAAGAAUCAUGGGACGCCGUCACCGGAGAUUACCGACUCUUCACAGUAUAUCGCCACGAGCCAUACAUGCUCACCUGCUGGGAGACAGACGACGGCUCCGGCUGGGAAAUGCUAGGCAAUGCCUGGCUGUUCGCGAACCUACCUGGUGAUGGGAGUGCUGCAAAGGUCUAUCAAGAUCUCACCGGGAAGGAAUGGGAGAUCAGAAUUCCAGCCGGCUUUUUCUUCAAGUACAGAAAGGAGGGGGGCGAGAUUAAGGUGGCGUCGAUUGCGAUCACGAGCGAUAGUGGACCCGUCGUCGUUGAGUUGCUGAAAAGGGGUGUUAUGAAACCAUCCGAUCUAGGACUAUAG